AUGCGAGGAGCGACGAGUUCAUUAUUCAAUGAUCAUUUACAUCAUGUCACUUUAAAAAUCUGGUUUAAGACUGGUUUGAUGUACGAAGAAGUAUUUUCUAUUGACAAAACAACUUUUGCCGAUGUCAAAUACUCCGCUGUGCAACAAUUCUUGAUGAAAAAUGUCAGUUCGUUGAAUUACCGUCGAUCGUCAUUCUCAACAAUUGCCGGGAAUCGAAAUCAUAUCUCAUUAGAUGAAAUUGAUAAUUACAAAUUGAUCUCCAUUUCAUCGAAACGAUCAGUCGAUGAAGAGAAAACUUUAGGUCAACUGAAAGUGAAAGACGGAGAUGAAUAUCUCUUAGCAACAAAGAAGAAUGUGUCGAUUCUGAAGAACGAACAAGCGUCAAAUAAUUGUACAGUUGAUGCAGCGUUGAUUGAGAGUCGAACACAAGAUUUACCGAAAAUCACACGUUUGAUCAAUCGAGAUUAUCGUUCAGCCGCACGAACAGAAUUUCGUACGGAUUUGAAUCGAAUUCUAAUAACUCUGAUUGAAACUUCACAAAAGUUGCUCUGGUGCCAUUCUGAUGCUGAAAACAUUUUCAAACAAGCUGAAGAAUUUCUUCUCCGAUCAACGACUGAUGAAUCAACAAAUCCAACAACCAUUUCAACAUCGUCAGAUGAUCUCGAGACACGACAACGACAAAUCAGUAAACUAGUUGAUAUGGGUUUUACCGAACAACAAGCACGAAUUGGACUCAAACGAACAAAAUACGAUAUUCAUGCUGCUAUGGAAUUGCUUUUGACUCAACCGGAUAUAACUGAUGAAAAUGACGAAAGUGAUCAGGAAAAUGAACCACCUGAGUUGAAUCAACCUGAGAUGGAAAGAACGCCGUUUUUUUCUCGCAAUGGGAAUUUCAUCUCGUUUCGCAAAUUUCGACAACAACGUUUUCAACCGAAUACUACGGCAAUUCAAUCGUUGAAAGAAAUCGGCUUCGCUCAUGACGAUAUCGUCACGGCAUUGCGCAUGUUCAAUAAUGAUAAAAAUUUAGCUUGUGAAUACCUUCUUAGUGAUAAACAACAACAGCAGAAUAUGAACGAUGCGGAAAGUGAACAAGGACUCGAUCCAAAUUCCAGUAUUUUCCAAUCGAUUAUGCAAAAUCCUGUUGUUCAACGAACGUUGAACAACCCGAAAACAUUCUUCAUCAUGUUACAAAUCGCCGAGAAUCCCACGUCGAUCACAAAUUACCUGAGCGAUCCAGAAAUUGGAAAUAUGUUGUUGCAAAUCAGUCGAAUUUACCAUGCUGAAAAGGAAAACAUGAAUACAUCAACAACGACUCGACAUGACAGUAGUGAUCAACAAGACGAGAAUCUCUCGCGAACAACGGGAAGUUUCCAUAAGCUUCGAACAAUGGCUGCUACAAGUGGUAUCGAAAAAUUGCAAGGUACAUGGGAAUACGUUGAUGGUGAACAUUUCGAUGAUUAUAUGAAAGAAAUUGGUGUUGGCUUUGCACUUCGUCAAUCCGCUAAAUUAGUCAAACCGAAGCUAGUCAUCAGUCAAAAUGGUGACCGAUGGACACUGAAAAGUGAAUCAACACUGAAAAGUGCUUCAUAUGAAUUUACACCAGAUGUUGAAUUUGAUGAAACUCGUCUCGAUGGAGAAAUUGUCAAAUCAACAAUUCGAUUCGACAACAACAAAUGGGUUCAUACAAUGCGCGAUAAAAAUGGUAAAGAAUCAACAAUUACACGUUGGGUUGAUGACCAAGGACAACAACAAAUUGAAAUGAAAGCUGGAAAUGUCACCGCUCGUCGUUGGUACAAACGCGCCGAUUAG